UUCCUAUCAUACUGACUCUGCUGCAAGAUUGCAAGUACCGAUAUCAGUAGGUUUGCAAGAAAGAAAAGGAUUUAUUUAACAUAUUCCUUCCCUUUAUACUUGUCAAAGAAAAGGAAAAGAAAGAAGUAAUAACAGUACACAAGGCACCUCACAAUAUAGUACAACUUUAAACAUAAGCACAAUUUCUUGAUACAGAUUAGAUGGCAGAAAGUGAAUUAUAAUAAUCUCAGUACAGAGAAGAAGAACAUACAAAGAAAUGGAAAAGAAAAGAAAAGACAGACUGUGGAUUGUUCACAGCUGCCCACAAUGGGUUAUCAACUCUCAAGUCAUAUUUGAGCUUAAUACCACCACAGACAACGGGGAUCAGCAGGAUUCCCAUAAAAGUUGUCUCAUAAAUAUAAUUCCUGAUACAUGUGGCAAUCCCAAAACUAACGCUGCCAAGACUUUUGGUUUGUUACUUUCUGACAAUAAAUAAACCCAACUUAAAUCCCCAAAAUAUGAAAUGUUUGUUUGAAGAUCAUUACAGAUAUUCUAAGACGUAAGACAUAUUACCUGGUGGAGCUGUGCCAGUAGGCACAUAUUUCUCUGCAGCAUUCAAUAUUUCAUUGUCUUCAGACCUUACCUCAUAUGGAUCCCUGUAAAUUAGAUUCUGAGUUCUCCCUAAAGCCUCUCUACUGCUGGCAGCUCACCUUCUGCCCUCAUCUUACAACUUGUACUGCAGGUGUAUUGUAUUGUAAACAAAGACAUAAUAAGCUGUAUUGUACCAUUUCUAUCCACAGAAAAGGAAGCUUUCUCAAAUGGAUCAGUGGUAAAAAAGAGAGGAGCCGUUCAUUGCAGAGAAGUGAAGUUUCCCUUAACACUCAGAUACCUUGCAUACAGGUAUUUAAGGUAAAAAAAAAAAACGAAUUCUAAUCUCCUAUAUUAUUUGAAAUAGUCAAUACAUGCAUUGCACUACUAAAAGAUGGUUAUAGUUACUGUACCUGUGAGAUUAUAGCUGAUCCGUGCAGCACUGAGCUGGACAGGUUGUUACAUUUGAAGAGUGGGGCCCAUUUGGUUUUUGUACUGGGGACCAAAGCUAGAGACUACAGGAAGUAGCUGUUCUUUUGACCAAUCACAUCAAGAGAAGUCCAGCCAGAGGGAGUCCGCAGAGAGGAGCUGGAGAGGAGUCACUAGCAUCCACUGUUUGUAGCUACGUUAGCUCUGUCAUUAACUUAGUUGACCAGCCUUAUUCUUACAGCCGGCUGGACGCACGCAAGCCGUGGAGGUCUGUCAGUUUUACUACAAUACAGACGAGUAGAGCAGUUGGUGAACUAAGUAACAUUUCGGGUGGAUGAUAUCAGCGGAGAUGUGUAAUAAGCUGCAUUGGACACUAAGGACCUACCUGUAUGCCAGUCUAUCAACUGACAGCUGUCACCGCACCUAGCUGCUUAGCUUAGUGAGCUAAGGGCUAACAAGUGUUUUUUCGGGGCUCAUAACCUGGCUAAUUUAGCCAACCAGCGCUGCUCUCGGUCCAGAGUGGAAAGCGGUGACUUCAGUGUGGACAUUAUAUCUUAUUAUUUCCUCAGCUAUAUUUGACUCCGCCUGCUGUUCAAACUAUGAGCUAGCAAAGGAGCGUCGCACAAAGGUGUUUGGAAUAUUUUGAGGUCCAGCUAGUUAGCUAGCAUUUAGCUUGAAGAUAGCUGGCUGCAUUCAUUCAAUUACUGUAAAACUGCUACAGCGUUAACACCGGCACCUCGACGAACAGGGGUUGGUUAUAUCCACUCAUAUUUGUUGUUACAAUACGAAUACAUUUUGGACUUGUCCGUGCUUUGGUUAACCUCGGUGGGAAAUGAAGAAAUUUUUUGACUCUCGCCGGGAGUUGGUGGGCCCUGGGCCUGGCUCCGGAGUCGGCGGAGGAGGCGCUGGUUCCGGCGGCGGUGGCAGCUUCAUCGGACGGGUCUUUACCAUUGGACGAUAUCAAGUGACCGUCGAGGAAAUUGUCGCCGAAGGAGGUUUUGCCAUAGUGUUUUUGGUGCGGACCCACCAAGGCCUACGUUGUGCACUCAAAAGGAUGUAUGUCAACAACGAACAUGAUCUGCAGGUCUGCAAACUUGAGAUACAGAUUAUGAGGGACCUAGUGGGCAACAAAAACAUAGUUGGUUUCCUGGACUCAAGCAUAACUGCUGUUGGGGCUGGCGAUGUGUGGGAAGUCCUAAUCUUAAUGGACUUCUGUCGAGGCGGGCAGGUGGUUAACCUAAUGAACCAGCGGUUACAGACGGGCUUCACUGAAGCCGAGGUGUUACAGAUCUUUUGUGAUACAUGCGAGGCGCUCGCUCGCCUCCAUCAGUGCAAGAGUCCAAUCAUCCAUCGAGAUCUCAAGGUGGAAAAUAUUCUUCUGCACGACCGUGGACACUAUGUGCUCUGUGAUUUUGGAAGUGCCACUAAUCGCUUCCAAAACCCUCAGACAGAAGGGGUGCCAGUCGUGGAGGAGGAAAUUAAAAAAUACACUACUCUGUCGUACCGCGCUCCAGAGAUGGUCAACCUCUAUGGUGGAAAGAUGAUCACGACAAAGGCUGACAUUUGGGCCAUGGGCUGUCUACUCUAUAAGCUGUGCUACUUCACACUUCCUUUUGGGGAGAGCCAAGUGGCUAUCUGUGAUGGAACUUUUACUAUCCCAGACAACUCUCGCUACUCCCAGGACAUGCACUGUCUCAUCAGAUACAUGCUGGAACCUGACCCAGAUAUAAGACCAGACAUCUACCAAAUAUCCUACUUUGCCUUUAAACUGGCUCGACGAGAGUGUCCAGUCCCAAAUGUAAAUAAUUCACCUAUUCCUGCAAAACUUCCUGAGCCUAUCAGAGCCAGUGAAGCAGUGGCCAAAAAGAGUCAAACCAAAGCCAGGCUCACAGACCCCAUUCCUACCACAGAAACCUCAAUUGCACCUCGACAACGGCCCAAAGCUGGCCAGGCUCAGCCCCAGCCGAUAUCAGGCAUUCUCCCCAUUCAGCCAGCUCUCACUCCACGAAAGAGACCCAAUGUGUCCGCAGGAGCACCCCAGGCCAUAGGUGUUGGUAUCAGUGUCCCAGCUACAGCUGCAGCUGCUGUCCAACCUGUCCAACAGGCUCUUGCAGCACAGGCUACACCACAGUCAGCUCAGACACCCAACAUGCAGCCACAGGCUACACCACAGCAUCAGCAGCUCCUCAUGAAGCAGCAGCAAGCCACAGCCUUCUUAAGCCCACAGAGUAACCAGCAGCAUCUACUGGUACAGAGCUUCCACCACCAGCAGCAGCAGCAGCAGCAACAACAGCAAACAGCGUCUCAGGUGUCUUCCCUGCCGCAGUCCAAAGCUAAGCCUGUUCCUCCAGUUGUUACCCUGCAACUGCAACACCAGCAGCAGCAUCAUGUAGCCCCAGUACAUGAAACAGCAGCUUCUCAUCUGACCCCCAUCCCUGAGUCUGCAGUCAUUGGUCCUGCAGCUGACCCAGAGGUUUUGUCAUCUGGCCGAGGGAUUCACAAAGUCGGGUCAUUGACACCCCCCUCGUCGCCAAAGAUGCCCACUAAGAGUGGCCACAGACGCAUCCUGAGCGAUGUCACUCACAGUGCCGUGUUUGGGGUCCCAGUCAGCAAGUCCACCCUGCUACUCCAGGCAGCCGCAGCUGAGGCCAGCCUCAACAAAUCCAAAUCGGCUAGCACCACUCCUUCUGGCUCCCCCUGCUCGUCCCAGCAAAGUGUGUAUCAUCCAGGUGAUGGUGAUGCCCAAGCUGCCCUUACUGCACCCAACACUCAGCCCAGCUGGAACCCCUUUGGGGAUGAUAACUUCUCCAAGCUAACAGCAGAGGAGCUGCUUAACAAAGACUUUGCAAAGCUAUCUGAUACUGCUGCACCAGGAGAGAAGGUCACAGGCUCCAGUGAAAAUCUCAUUCCAGGGCUCAAUGCUUUCCCAGAUGAAAGAUCUGCAGACGUCAUGAGUGCAGGUUCAGCGUUGUUGACUGCCCAAGACCCUUUUAAUACCGUCUCCCUCUCUGACACCACAGAGAAGCUGAUUGAGGGACUGAAGUCCCCUGAAAAUUCUCUGCUGCUCCCCGACCUCUUAACCCUGGCUGACCCCUUCAGUAGUUCUGCAGAGAGCUCCACCAAUGCGAAGGCAGAUGUGUGUGUGGAUUCACUGAUUCCUGGUUUGGAAGCCCCCCAGGCCCAGCGACAUUCAGGCCAGCCAGAGCUCAUCCCUGCCAGCAUGCCAGACUCUCUCACUGGAGAGGACUCUCUGCUGGGUUGCGAUCUGUUAUCUCAUACUUCUCCUCAUGGAAGCCAGUCUGUUUCUGGUCUCCCUUCCUCUUCCUCCUCCACCUGCUCCUCUGCUCCUCCGGGCUCCGGCUCUGGAUCCUGUCUGGAGGAGCUGCCGCCUGGCCAGACUGCUUCUGACUCUGCUUUCCUCAUGUCGUGUGGGGAGAAGGGCAAUGACGACGAGUUUGACCCUAUUCCUGUGCUCAUCUCCAAAAACUCAAAUCAAGAUAUGCAAGGGGAGAGUAAUGGCUACUCUGUGCUUGCUGAGGGACAAGAGUCUGAACCUCCAAUGGGAGAUCCUCAAACAAACGAGGGGUGUGUGCACUCCAGCGACGAAGAUGAGGAAAAGGAAGCUCAUACGGUAGAGCAGCAGGAUGAGGGAGCCAUUGAGAGUCAUGUAGAUGCCCAUGACUGCAGCGGCUCCAGACCUCUGCUGCUGGACUCUGAGGAUGAAGAAGAACAAGGACCUCAGUUAGCCCUCCACUCAUCACCACACUCCAGCGCAGCACCAACACAACCAUCUACUACCUUCCAUCAACUUACUCCAAGCACCUUUGCUCACAAUCAUUCCCAGUAUGUACAUCAGCAUGUACAUGAGCCAGCGAAGGGGGCAGAAGUUGCUGUGGAUGUUUUCGCAAAAGCCCCUUUUCGGAUUGGGCAAGAAGACGUGGGCGACGUGUUUGCAAAUGCUCCAUUUCCGCAUGCUCUCCUUUCAGCUCAGCAGCAGCUCGAUGUAUUCUCUCAGGCUCCCUUUGGAAAAAGGAAGGAGGCUGCAGGAGCUCAGCCCAAGACCUCAUUUCCUCACGCAGCUGGGGUUCAUGCUGUAACCUCCGACCAAGGUGCGUUGGGUCAAGUUGCCCAACAACCGUUCCGUCCCCAAGCUCUGGCCAAAUAUUCCCGACACUUUGAGGGACCCGUGCCCCAGCAGCCAGUAGCAUCUCACAGAGUAGUGUCUAAUGUGACCAAGCAAGCCUCUGUGGCAUCAGUCCCUGUUGGACCUCUUCACUCCUGGACCCCAGAAGUGAGCGCUGUAGACCCUUUCGUCUCUGCACCCUUUCACCUCAAGGCACCGCAAGAAAAGCCCUGAACGCACACUAAAUUAUGCAAACUAUAACAGGCAUACUGCAUGCUGUCACCAGCGCCGCAGCUGGACUGCAGGCCUGCAUGGAUCUCAUUCUUAACUGGCUCCAAUUAGUUCUGAUAGCGCAUCAUCUUUACACUUGAAUGAAUCCAUUAGAGUAAGAACACUGACAACAUUCUCCUACUGCUAGUCGCUUUUUAUUGUCACAUCCUUUUGAAUCGUCGUUAAUCUUUUUGGUACGUACAUCUACACAAAGACAAUAUGGUGGUCAAGCAUUUGAUUGUUUUCUUGCCUACCUCAGUUUCUUUUUGUGUCAGCACUACAAUACCACACGCUAAGGGAGUUUGUAGGUGGUCUGCAGCUGUGGCAGUUUAGUUUUCUGUAUAUUUGAGCUUUGCUGUGAAAAUAUGAUCUGAUAACGCCUCAUCCCUCCAUUGUAUUAGUUCUCAAAAAGGGCGGAUUCAGCUUGAAUCACAAGAUCAUAACUUCACAGAAGCGUGGAAGAGGAAAAAACACUGUAUAGAACAAGGAGCAAGUGAAACACAUCCUCAAUCUCUCAACACUUUUGCGUGAUUUUUGUGACGAGAUGUUUCAGAGGAAUUUAUCUGUAUCCAAAAUUUGUAAACGGCCUUACAGUUACAUAAUCAAAGUCAAAAGUUUUGGGUCCUUUAUGCUUGACAGUUUGUUUUGAAGCUGAUGCUGGAUAAUGAUGCAUUGACUUUUCAAAGAUAACAUUUGUUGAUAUGAAAUGUAACUGUUUGGUUCUGAAAAUGUUUGCAUUUUUGCCAUGUGUAUUAUAUUUGUGGCCACUGUCCUGUCUGAUGAAAAUAGAAUAUCAGUGUUUGUUCCAACGCAACGUACGAACCAUAUAUAAAUGUUAGGCAUAGAAAAUACAUUAUAAUAGUUCCUAUGUUAUAUAAAUGUAGAAGAGACACUUUUCUGUUUCUCCAUACUUCACAAGAUAUCUCAGAAGCCUUACACUCUCGCUGUAGUCCUCUGCUACAGUACCACAUCAAACAGCAUAAAUCACUUUUGCCUUUUGUACCCUCCUAAAAAGAAACUGCUGCAUUAACAUCAUUUUGGUGCACUUACAUUAACCACCAAAUACUUGUGUACAAUCAUGUACAAUUUUCCUUUUGGUGUCUGCACUCUGAUGCAUCAAGAUGUUCAUUCAGCUCUGUAAUGCACCUAUAUCGUAGACAUCUCUAUGAACUCCAAAUGUGUACUAACUGUGACUCACACUUACAAAUAACUAAAGUGAAACUUAACUGCAACUUUUAAAAUAAUGCCUUCCUGCAGUCACACAAAUGUCUACAACACUUAUGCUUCGCAGUUCCAGUCAGGGAUUGUAAUCGUACUAUCAUGAAAGUGAGAUCUUGAAUGUUGACUGACUGAUGACAUUCCUUUUAUUUCCAUCGCCAUUAGGGAAUAUUUUAUUGUCGUCGUGCUUGUCAUGGAACACUUUGUGGUUCCCACCAUGGCACUUUUAAGAAUGGGGAUCCAACCUGUUGCAAUCCAAAGUUUAAUUCAUGUAUUCCUCUGUUGCAAUGUAAAAUCCUCAUCUUUCUGUUCUUGUUUUUUAUAUAUAUAUAUAUAUA